GCUCCUCAAUCAUCUCCAUCUCCUUCUUUGCCCCUUUUGCAAUCAUCUCCAUCGCCUCCUCACCUCUUCACCCAAAAAGCUCACCAGUAAUGUUGCCCCCUCUGCAAUCAUCUCUAUCUCUCCCUUUCCCCCUUUUCCCUCAUGUGAGGUUGAGGCGAUUAGAAGCCAAGAGACUUAACCACGCCUCCUCACGAGCUCGAAGUACCAUAGAACAAAAGAAAUCGAGAUUUGUGUUCCUUUGUCACACGAGCUUGAGGGAGUUGCGAACUAAUUUAUUUGGGUUUUGCAAGUUUGGUUGCUGUGAUUUUGGUUAUAAUAGUGUUGAAAUUGAAUGAUGAGAAUUGAAAUUGCAAUUUUAGUUAUAAUAGAGGAAACCCAGAUCUGGGUUUGUUGUUUUCAAAGAUGCUUGAGUUCUGCUCCUCGUCUUUUCCCUUUCUCGAGUUCUAUUCACAAAUUGAAUUUAUGAGUUUUAUUAUCAUUAUUAUUAUUAUGUUGUUUUCUUGGCCGCAUUUGAUUAUGGAUUGAAAUAUACUUGUGCGUUUAAU